GUAGUUUCGGAGCGCCCCAGAAGAGUGCGCAGCCGCGGAGGAAUACACCGCCGAACAAGAGCCGAGCACAGCCGCGGAGGAAUACACCGCCGAACAAGAGCCGAGCACAGCCGCGGAGGCCGAACAAGAGCCGAGCACAGCCGCGGAGGAAUACACCGCCGAAGAGGAGCCGAGCACAGCCGCGGAUGAAUACACCGCCGAACAAGAAGCAAGCGGCGUGCGCGCAGCCCGAACAAGAAGCUAGCGGCUAGCUCACUCGUAGCCCGCCGGGCCCACACGAACCUCGCGUCGCAGCGGGCUCGGCUACUUGACGAUGAGCCAGCCGCUAGCAUGAACGGUGCCGUGUACAUCCCGUUCUUCCAGGGCCAGCUGGAGUCGGUUCUGGAGCAGGUGGUCCAGCUCGCCGUCCAGGAGAUCAGCUCCACGGUGGGUUCCAGCCUGAACGCGCUCCUGCUCGAAGCCACCGUCAAGGAGCAGGAGAACCGCCGCCUCCAGCUCCGCCUUCAGGCGUGGGAGGACCGCAGCCGAGCCCAUGGCGGCCCCAAGCAGAAGGCGGCGGCCGAUGAGAAGCUGGACGGCGGCAGGACGAAGCUCGAGCAACCGCUGGGCGCACAACCCCGCGGUCCUCCCGACGCCGCCCGCCUGGCGCAGAGGAGCCGCGUCGUGGACCAGCUCAAGGCUGUCAUGGAGCAGGUCCUGGACUUCGCCAUGCGCGAGCUGAAGAAGAUCGUGGAAGCCUCGUUUGAUGACCUGCUGCUGGAAAUCACCAAGAAGGAGCAGGAGCAGCAAGCGCUGGAGGACAAGCUGGACCAGAGGGGCGGAGGAACCAGAGCAGGAGCACGGCGAGGGUCCGAGAACGACUCCGUGUCACCCAGCGGGUCCGAGGAUGCUCGUGAGGAUCCGCCAGCCGUGACCGCCGACCCCGCCCAUCGUCCUGGCAUAUCCGUCUCCCAGGACUGGGUCCCCAUCCUGGACAAAGUCUUUGGACAGAGGUGGUGCAGCGUUGACUGGCAGGUCAAAGAGUCUGCAGGAGGGGGAGGACCCGGCGGGCCAGAUGUGGCGCCGCUUCCAGUUACCCUAGAGACGUUGGAGCCUUCUCCGUCGUCUCCGCAGCAGGACCCCCGCUGGACGCCGUUGGAGGACAUGGAUGUGUUGUCCCCUGACGAGGACACCGGGGGCGGGGCCAGACCCUCCUCUGCACCUCCGCUGAGCCCGUCAGGAAGUUCAGGUCGCCGCUCGUCUGCCUCCAUGUUGCAGCGCCUGCUGACGUUACCGUCUCAGCUGCUGGACGACCACCACGACCCGGGUGGCGCUCGCAAGAAGCCUCAGGAGGUCAAGGACGGUCGUGACGAUGGCGGCAGCAGGGCGCCUGGCCACGCCUCCUCGACUCCCCUGACAACUGAGGAGGAGGAGGAUGGGAAAAGGCAGAAGAAGAAGCGACGUAAGCUUUGGUCCCAGUGUGACGACUGUGGCCGAAGGUUCAGUCACGUCUCCACGCUGGGCGCUCACGCUGCCAACGCCACAGUUGGUUGCCCGCCAGCUCAGUGUUCAGAGUGCGGCCUCAGUGGCCAACAUCCUGUGAAAGCCAGAGGAGGCGAGAAGGAUGGAGGAGGCGCUCAAAGAUGAACGCACUUAAGGGAUGACCUGGCAGCCUUGCUCCCAGAUGGUUUUCACCACGGACAACAAGAACACAAAGUGCAGCAUAGCUUGGUUCUUGAGGUUCCUACUCUUGACAGGCCAAGAUCAGUCAAAAGGAUCACAUUAAACCAGUUCACUGGACUUCCUGCUUGCUCAUUGCAAGAAAAUGUGGAAUCAGAGCAAUGCCAACGUUAAGAUUGCAAACUUGUUUUGUCAAAACAGGAAAUGGAUCCACACCACUUCCUGCGGGAUUGCUUGGAUAAUUUCCUACUUUGUCACCAGAGGUCAUGUGACCGAUAACAUUGUUUUCAUGACAAUGUUUUUUAAAAACUUGUCAAUUUUCCUCUGGAUAUCUCUUGGAUGAUGAUAAUGAAGAUUAGGAUGGAACUUCCUAAUUCUGGACUUGAUCAACUGGAGAUUAGGAUGGACCUUCCUAAUUCUGGACUUGAUCAACUGGAGAUUAGGAUGGACCUUCCUAAUUCUGGACUUGAUCAACUGGAGAUUAGGAUGGACCGUCCUAACUCUGGAUUUGGAUCAACUGGAGAUUAGGAUAGACCGUCCUAACUCUGGACUUGAUCAACUGGAGAUUAGGAUAGACCGUCCUAACUCUGGAUUUGGAUCAACUGGAGAUUAGAAUGGACCUUCCUAAUUCUGGAUUUGAUCAAUUGGAGAUUAGGAUGGACCAUCCUAACUCUGGAUUUGGAUCAAUUGGAGAUUAGAAUGGACCUUCCUAACUCUGGAUUUGGAUCAACUGGAGAUUAGAAUGGACCUUCCUAACCCCGGACUUGGAUCAACUGGUAUUGAUCUCUGAACGCUGAGCAAUUUAUUACAGACAUUCUGGGUAUUGGACUCAGCUUUAUUUCCAUUCUUUUGGUUUUGUGGUCCAAUUGUGAUCCUUUCUUGAAACCUUGUGUCUUCAGACACACUUGGUCACCUCCAGACACAGGGGCUGGCUAUCAGACACAGAGGCUGGGUUUCAUGGUUUAUUUUCCCAAUCAAUUUCCGUUCAAAUCGACCCACACUUAAAGACUAAGUAUACACUGCAGGCCAAAGUGGCCCAAAUCCGACUUUUUCCCAGCUGACUGUUUACGCACCCUCAGUCAGUGGAUUGAAUUUCCUCCGUAGGAUGGCGGGACUCUCCCUUUAGAGAUAAAAUGAGAAGUUACAUUGGAAAAGAUCAGAUUUCAAAGGGAUUGAGUCUGAUGCCAAAAGAUCGGAUUUGAAUCACCUUUAGACUAAAAUCUGCUCUGUCAUUUGAGAAUUGGUGUGCAGUGUAAACAGGGUCUUUAUUUGAAAAGGUCUCAGUUCUUCUCUUCAGCAUAAAGUGGUUUUAAGUGCAAAUGUGACCUGUUUGAAGUGAAAACAAGGUUGUCUUAAAAGUCCAUUUUGCAUUUGGUUAGCGCAGUCAGACAGGAUGUAACGCACAGGGAUUUUAUUGUGAAGGCAAGAAGUGUGCUUUUGGUUUGACAGUGUUGUGUGCAGGGAGAUGACGACGUAAACAAAAGUACUCGUUUCCAUAGUGAUCUAAUACUACUUGCAAAUAUACCCCGUCAAAAUCAGACUUGUUUAUGUUGUGGGAUCAUAACAAAGUUAGCAACGACUUGUACUGUGUUUUCAAGGCUUGUGUAAAAUCAGGUACCAAGUCCCUCACUUGUUGGGCGCUAACGUUAGCAUAGCAUGAUCCUGCUGCUGCUUGAUGCACACGACCAGUAUUGAUAUGAUUUCAUAAUAGUGACCCAGCCCUCCUCUACAUACCUCAUUCAUGCCUUUUGUUACCUCAACUUUUACUGGAUGUCUUUUAAAGGGAGGCAGUUUGCCGGUUCAAUUCCCAGGUCCUCUUGGAGUAAGAAACUUGCGAGGCCGAGUCAUCCGUAUGCUCACUUGUCAUUUCUCUUGACUCACCUUUGACCUACUUUAGCAGGAGUCAUGAAAGACACUGUCGGUAAUUAACAUCUGUGCUGUCAGGUUGGUCACGUGUUCUCUUCCUGACGUCUCAUAGUGUCAUGUGACGUGGUCGCCCUCAUGGACUCUUGAAAGGUUCCUGUCGCUGCUUGGAACAGUGUUUGUAUUGUACCACUUGAAAGAAGGCGCAUGGGGAAAGUGUCCAUUUGUUGGCGACACGCGGAGGCUGGACAAGGGAAGCUUCCAGAAGGAAGCACAAGUGUUUUUCAUGCAAUACUUUUCAUACGUAACAUUGUUUUCUAUCUCCACAGUUCAUGUGGAAAUGUAAGCGUGAAUUGUAAGAAGAUCAAUAAAUGUUAUAAAU